UUCUGAGAAAAUUUAUAUUCUUUGUGAAGUCUUACGGUGCAUCGUCACCGACGACGAAUAAAAAAUUUGCAGGUACACGUCAACUGCGAGUAGGUAGCAUCAAGGACGAGAAGUGAGGACGAUGAACCAUCAAGGGAUGUUAAGCCUGUAUCUACGCCCUUAGCACACAAAACACGCAUUUAUUCCAACAAAAUCAAGAAAUGCACCCUUUGCGCACAUAUCAAAAGGGGUUGCUGCAAGCAUGUACUGGGAUCGCCAUCUGAACAAGCAAUUAGUUUUUUUGUUUUUUUUUCAAGUUCGUAAGAUGUCGGUUGACCAUAAUAAAUGACUACAAGAUGCAUUCCUUCGCUAGGAAUUCGUUUGGACUGAAGCUUGACAAGGUCAUUUGCAUAAUAUUAGCCCCCAAUCACACGGACGAAGCACACACAUGCCGUACAUAGACGCGCACACGUAUCAGUACAAAAAUUCUGCGCCGCGGCGUACGUUAUCGGUGCAUCACCUACAUCCUAGCGUAAAUAAAGCAAUAAAGAAUCGCUUAUCGAUUCAAGGGUGUCUGAGAGCGCAAGUGGCCCCAUAACAAUCGACGUACCUACGUUGACCUUGGCUCGAAGACAUCUAUAGGCGGUGAGGAAGAAAAAAAAUGUAAAGAGCUACUUCGCCCUACUACGCGUCAGUGGCCGAACGGGAUCUAGGCAUUCGCAGUGGCUUUCCAGGUCGCCUCAGUGAAGCGCAGUGCUCUGUGGCUCUGCUUCACGUUGUCAACUGACAAUCACUCAACCAAAUCCGCUGCCUAUACCAGAGGAAAGUGAAUUUGGAACCCGUGCUUUGGAAGUUUUGAGAGACGCUGUCAUGGUCUUUGUUCUUGCCGAGUGGAACCUUAGUGUGGCCGUCGUGGUUGUUGUGAUUGUUGCGACCACUUUGUACAGAUGGCGUCGGUGGCAACUAAGCUUUUUCAAACGGAUCGGAAUCCCUGGUCCAGAGCCGUGUUUGAUCGCCGGAAACUUCGACCAAUUGUGGACUGAGGACACAAUAAAAGUCAUGAAUGAAUGGUCUACAAGAUACGGCGACAUCUACGGGAUAUAUAUCGGCGAUGCACCCUUUCUCAUGGUGAAAGACCUUGAACUACUUCGGCGAGUCCUGAUCACGGACUUCGCCCUUUUCAUGGACCGAGGGGACGUGUGGGCAACGAUGAAUGGGAACAACUACAUUCAGCAAGCUUUGUCUUUCGCCAAAGGCAACCGAUGGAAGUUCACGAGACGAUCCGUCUCCCCGGCCUUCACUGCGUCGAAGAUGCGAAAGAUGGUAGGCGAAAUGACCAACACUGUGGAGCGCUUCCUGGACCUGCUGGAAGCGCGAUGCCGUGAAGCGGUCGAUGGAGAAGCCAACGUGUACCCGCUGCUCGGGUCGCUCGCUUUCGACGUCGUGGCUGAGACAGCGUGCGGUCUCUACCUCGACGUGCAACACAAGCCCAACGACCAGUACUUCAACUCGGCCAGGUCUUUCAUGCUCAACAUCGUCGAAAACGCUUACCAGAGGACUGGGCAGUUCUUUUCAAAGGUGAAGGCCAUCUUGUCUGUCACGUGCAUGCUCGAGCAGCAAUUCGGCAGCGAACCCCUCACGGCUCUGGCGCGGAAGGCAGAGGCCAUCGCUGCUCUGAGGGCACGGGAUCAAAGCCUGGCGCGUCAAGAUGUAAUCCAGAGUCUCUUGAAUGCAAAAGUGCCCCAGGAACUCCUCGGAUUGAGCGAAUUCCGUGAACGAAUCGACGACAAAGGACACUUCUUGAUGCCCCUAAGACACGUUGCAACCAACACCGCCACCCUGCUAGUUGCUGGGUUCGAGACCGUGUCAGCCAUCGCAUCCACCUGCGUCUUUUGUCUGGCCAAGUAUUCCGAGAUCCAGGAGAAGGUCAGGCAGGAAGUGAUCGCCGUCUACGAGAAACAUGGUGGGUUCACUUACGACGCCAUCAAAGACCUAACCUACACAAAGCAAACCAUCGAUGAGACUAUGCGUCUCUACCCACCAGUGGUCGCCUUCACAUCAAGGAAGGCGUCCUGCGACUACCACUACAAGGAUAUGAUAAUUCCCAAGGGCGUCAACAUUAUGGCCUGCACUGAGCAAAUACACAGGGACCCUCGAUUCUGGAACCGGCCGGAAGAAUUCGACCCUGACAGGUUCUCCCCGGAGCAAAAGGCGGCCAGGCAUCCCCUAGCAUUCCAGCCUUUCGGCGCUGGCAUCCGCAACUGUGUGGGCAUGAGGCUGGCUCAGGUUGAGAUGACUCUCAUUGUUGCCAAACUUGUGCACAGGUUCCGGCUGCACUUGGGCUCCAGACACGCAAAUUACGGAACAUUCCUCCGUCGAAACGUCGAGCUUGCAUGGUUGCUAGACAUUUUUACCACUUACAGAUGGCGCCGUAACAAGUUCAGGAUCUUCAAAAGAAGAGGAAUUCAAGGUCCUGAACCGAGCUUGUUGUCGGGGAACUUUUACGAGUUCUGGAAUAAGGACACCAUUAAAGUCAUGGAUCGGUGGUCGAAGACGUACGGCGACAUCUACGGGAUGUACAACGGUGAUGUACCAUUCCUUAUGGUGAAAGACCUGGAGCUGCUUCGUCAGGUGUUCGUCACAGACUUCGCCGUGUUCAUGGAUCGAGGGGACGUGUGGGCAACCAUGAAUGGAAACUCCGAGCUUCGCAACACGCUGCCUUUCGCCAAGUCCGACCGAUGGAAAUUCCUCAGGCGUGCAGUGUCCAUUGCAUUCACAGCGUCCAAAAUGCGGCGGAUGACGGACGGAAUGUCUAAAGCAGUGGAUCACUUCCUCGACCUCCUCGAAGCGCGCUGUCGAAAGUCCGUGAGGGGAGAAGUCAACGUGUACCCGAUGCUAGGCACCCUGGCUUUCGAAAUGGUAGCCGAGACAGCAUGCGGUCUUCACCUCAGCGUGCAAGACAAGCCCGACGACCAAUACUUUGAUUCGGCCAACUCCUACCUGCUCAACGUCAUCGAGAGCGCGUACCAGAGGACUGGCCAAUUCUUUUCGGGUACAAAGGUCCUCAUGUGGCUGACGUGCCAACUGGAGCGGCACUUCGGUCGAGAACCCCACACGUGCCUUACGAGAAAAGCCCAGCCCAUCAUCACGCUCAGAGAAAAAGAACCCCACCUUGCUCGUCCAGACGUCCUCCAGAGUCUCUUAGAUGCGAAGAUUCCGAAAGAACUUCUCAGCAGGCCAGAAUUUAGAGUUCGAGCCAACAGCGAAGGACAUUUCUUGAUGCCACUCAAAGACGUGUCUUCGAACGCCGCCGCCGUCCUUACCGCUGGGUUGGAGACUGUAGCGGUUGCCUGCGCCAACUGCGUCUUCUGUCUGGCCAAACAUCCCGAGGUCCAGGUCAAAGUCAGGCAGGAAGUGAAUGCUGCCCACGAUAAACACGGUGGCUUCACCUACGACGCCAUCAAGGACAUGCACUACACAAGGCAGGUCAUAAACGAAACCCUGCGACUGUACUCACCCGUGAUCGCGUUCGCAACGAGGAAAGCAUCCUGCGACUUUCGCUGCAAGGACAUCUCCCUUCCCAAGGGUAUCAACAUCAUGGCUUGCACGCAACAGAUACACAGAGAUCCGUGCUACUGGGACAAGCCCGAGGAGUUUAACCCCGACAGGUUCUCUUCGCAGGAGAAGGCCAACCGCCAUCCCCUCGCCUUUCAGCCGUUCGGAAUGGGCGCUCGCAACUGCGUCGGAUCGAGACUCGCCCUGCUGGAAGUCACUCUCAUCGUUGCCAGACUGGUGCAUCGUUACCUGCUGCAUUUAGGAUCCCGGCAUGCGAACGGCGAACUGGAACGCAAGACGCAAUCCAUCGUAGCUUCGCCAGGAGAAGGUGUCUGGAUUCGCGUUAAAAAGAUACUCUAGUGUAGCUGGUAGUCAGCUCUCAUGUCUAAGCCGCAAUGAUAAGCAAAGCAUACAGGGCUGAAAUGACUCGGCCUCGUCCUUGGCAAGCUCCAUAUCACGGUAUAUAAGGUACCUACAUCGGCAAGGCGCUUACUUUUGUUUUUUUUUUGCAGGGUUUCAGAACGCAGCUCUGAAAAUAUGCAGUCAGGAGUACUCAUGGAUUUCGUGCACUUAGGAAAGUAGGCGCUGGCCUUCUAAAAUUGUCGGAAAGUAUUAUUUGUGAAAUGAAUAUUUUACAGUGUACAAUGUUAUUUAUGUUUAUUCGCGGUUUUGUUCCAUCGUCUAACGAUCUCGUCUUAGUUGUGCACACACAACUGGUUCGGCGUACAUGUUUAGUUUCAUGUCUCCGUGUGCUGACAAUUCAAUUCACACCGCUAUGGCACGAAAACCUUCACAGUAAAGAAAUGUUUAAGAAA